CGUCUGCAGCCCGGCGCCGAGCGCCGUGUCUUGGGGAGCCGAUGGCAGCACCACCACGGUGCGGCCGCCCGGCCGAGCGCCGAGCGCAGCCACCACCCGCCGCUGCCCGGGGAGCGUCCAGGAUGUGGGGGGACCGGGGCGCGCAGCAGCCUCCGCUGGCCCGCCUGUGCUGACCUGCCUCGCUUGCCCCCAAAGAAUGUCAGCCAAGUCCAAGGGGACCCCCUCCUCGUCCUCUCCAGCCGAGGGACCGCCGGCAGCCUCCAAAACCAAGGUGAAGGAACAGAUCAAGAUCAUCGUGGAGGAUCUGGAAUUAGUCCUGGGCGACCUGAAGGACGUGGCCAAGGAACUUAAGGAGGUGGUUGACCAGAUUGAUACCCUGACCUCUGACCUACAGCUGGAGGAUGAGAUGACUGACAGCUCCAAGACGGACACCCUGAAUAGUAGCUCAAGCGGGACGACAGCCUCCAGCAUAGAGAAGAUCAAAGUGCAGGCCAAUGCCCCCCUCAUUAAGCCCCCAGCCCACCCAUCUGCCAUCCUCACGGUCCUGAGAAAGCCAAACCCUCCAGCGCCUCCUCCACGGUUGACACCUGUGAAGUGUGAAGACCCCCAGCGAGUGGUGCCCCCCGUCAACCCGGUAAAGACCAAUGGCACCCUUCUGCGGAAUGGAGGCUUCCCUGGGGCGCCAACCAAAAUCCCCAACGGAGAAAUCUACUGCAAACCCAGCAGUAACUUGGACAAGGCUCCCGGGCAGCCUCUGAUGCACAGACCCGAAAAAGACAGGUGCCCCCAAGCUGGGCCUCGGGAACGAGUAAGGUUUAAUGAAAAAGUCCAAUACCAUGGCUAUUGUCCUGACUGUGACACCAGGUAUCACGUAAAGAACAGGGAGGUCCUCUUACACAGCGAACCCGUCCACCCACCAGGAAAGCUUCCUCCCCAAGGCCCUCCCCACCCACUUCCCCCUCAUCUCCCUCCUUUUCCACUAGAAAACGGGGGGCUGGGAGUAAGCCACAGUAACAGCUUCCCCCCCCUCAGACCUGCAACUGUGCCUCCUCCCACUGCACCAAAACCACAGAAGACGAUCUUGAGGAAGUCCACCACUACAACAGUGUGAUGUAUGCCAUUUAAAAGCAUUUUUUUUGUUUUUUUUUUUUGUUUUUUCUAUAUUAUAAACAUAAAAUAAUAAGUAAUGAGCACUUUCUACUCAAGCAAUAAAAAGCCCAAAUAUAUUUAUCCUGCAUUCAGCAGAGUGACAUAAAAAUCACCUGGUAAGUAUGCAGUACCUUGUUUAUAUCCUGAGUAUUCAUUGUUUAAAAAGUUACAUGAUCAGAAACCACAGAAUAAUGAAAAAACUAAAUAUAUCAUUUUUUUUCAGUUAACCCAUUACAAACUGUAGAUUUCAAAGAUUUUGAUUUACUAUAAGAGAUGGGAUUAGAUUCAUUUUAUUCAUGCCUGACUCAUCUAUGCAUUAAUAAUAUGCCAUACUCUUAACUUUGAUGUCAUGCUUUUUAAUAAGAAAUUUUAAUACUGAAGGACUAUUUUAUUAUUUUUUUCUAAAGAUGUUUGUCACUAGUUUUGCCUAAUUAAAUGCUGAGGAUGAUACAAGAAGGUUUAUUUUCUAUACUAUACAAUUAUGAUCCUAUGUUCACCUCUAUAUGUAAUGAAAGAUUUGGUCUGUGGAAAUAUAUGUCAAUAAACAACGGUAAAUAAUGACAAAACCAAAUGUUCCUCGGAAUUAAAAUGAAACAGCGGUUCACUCAAUCCCAUGGUAAUUUACAUCAAAAUGGAUAGCAACUCUGACAGAGUUUGGAGAUCACUGUGAGUAUAAGUCAGAAGGUUUCAAAUUAAAUAUCAUAAUCCAGGUACUAAAUAGGACUGUACGCUUUGCAUAUGAUGUGUUUCCAUUUUGGCACUUCAAGGAUGAUCUAGUGCAUGCCAGCCCUUGAAGGUCCCCCUCACUCUCAGCAUGCCUCCAGGACGCUCCAUAAACCAGCUCCCUGAAGCAGUGGGAUGACUCACCUCCUGCAUCAACAAGCUCCCUGAGGCAGUCCCUCAUUUAUAGGAGAACCAUACAGGAAAAUACAGAUGUUUCCGGAACAGGAUGUUUUUAGCAUAUGCCUUAAGCUGAUUCCCCUCAGAGCUGAAAUAUGCCAGGGUUCUUUGUUAUUCUAUAGAAGGCAGAGAGGAAAUCCUUUCCUUCCAAUAUCCAAUAAAUGUGCUUCUCUUUAAUUUGUCAGCUUAGAUGAUACUUACCCAAUUCUUAACUACCAUGAUUUGGAUUGAUAAUGUGAUUUUUGCCCUGGAAUGAGAAAUGGGUUUACUCCCUUAGAAUCAUGAUGAAAGGUAAGUGCCUGAGCAAAAUGUGUCCAUUAAGUGGCAGGAGUAGAGGGAGUCAUCUUUGGUGGAGAUUUGAUUAUUACGCAACUUAAAAAAGAAUACUGUAAUACUUUUGAAUAUUUGGGUUUUGAUCUCAAAACUUUAAUUUUUGCUGCUGCAGAAAGAUACUCUUCAAUCAUAUUUCUUUGUUGCCUUUUUCAAGUUAUAUCAUAAUAAUUUGGAAUACUAUUUUUGAACAACUUCCUAUAUAAAGUGAUAAUAUAUUUUAGGCAUAAUUCCCUAAAGAAAAUAAGCUUAUUUUUUAAAGGAACAAUGAAAUGAGGAAAAAAAUAGAGAUAUCAUGUUGAAAAUUUACUCUGCAUGAUUUUUGUUGUGUGUGUGUUGGACAUGAAGAUAACACAAACAGAAUAAAUCUAACUUUUCAGAAACUUGCAGAACAUAAGACCAAUAAUCAAAGACCAGAAUCUAAAAUGUAUUAACUGUAUGAUCUGUAUGUUUAAUAAAUGUGAGCGAGGUAAAUAAAUAAUUGACUUAUUGAAUAUCAGAAUCAGAAUUACACAUAUAUUCUUAAUGUUUUAAUGUGUUCAUUUAGGCUUGUUAUAAAUAAACCCAGGAUUUUAUCACCUUUCUAGAUUUAAAUACUUAUAUCCUUUCAAAUGUCCAUCUGGUGUUAGGCCUUUUGAUAUUACAGUCAUAGAAGACUUGCUCUUUUCUCCCUUCAGGCCCUCUUUCUUUCGCAGCCAAUUACUGUGACCUAAUAAUUAUAGUUUGAGACUUUGAACCUUGUGAUGUCUGAGAACCAACCUGGACCUCAAAAUUGAGCUUACUAACAGCUGCAUAUCAUCCAUGGAGCAGAUAACUCAUUUGCAAUAAAGCAAGUUGAAUAAGCUGGAUGAUUUAAGCUUGCUGGUUAAGGAUAUUUGAGCCAGAUGCUUAGACACAAUCUCUGAGGUUCAAAGCCAUCUCUCUUCCUCAAAUUGUAGACAAAGCUACCUCAUAAAAGAUCAUCUUUUUAUGUUUUAUUAGUGACAUAUGCCAAAGCCACAACUCCUGUUUUUAUUUCACACAUUUAUAAGUUAUUCUUGGCCUGUAAAGCUGAGUUCAGCCCCAGUGUUAAGAUAGUUACAGUUGUUGACCUUCUUCUCUUAUUACAGUCUAUCACUUAGUCAACAUUAAAUGGUAAAUUACAGCAAGUGUUGGACAUUCCUUUUAGUUUUUGGUUCCAUAUGUUCCUUUUAAAUUUUUUUUAACUAGUGUAUAAAAUAUAUUGGGCCAAUAGGGUUUUUUUGCCCAAUAAUUUUGUAACAUUCACUGGAACUUAGUCAUGCCUCUAAAUAUAUAUAAACUUGUAAAACAUGGAAAGUAAUUAACAUAGAGUGCCAUAAUAUUUGCCUGGAAACUUGCAAUUAAAGUGUCAUAAGUGGCAGUGCAGUUUUUGUAAUCAGCCAACUCUUGCUUUUGAAAUUUAAAUUCUGAAAUGCAAGUUCUGUACAUCAUUUAUUAAAUCAUCAUAAAACAUGGUCUAUAUUUUUUCUUCCUGAAUAUACCAAAGCAGAAUUUUUUUUUUCCAAAUCUUUAAGGGCAUGUUCUUUUUUUCACAUCAUGAUUUUAACUCUUUUAUUCACACAUGGAGUAGUAUACCAAAAAGCUGUCCUCGUACUCUUUUGGAAGAUAAUGUUUCUACAAAAUGUGACGUGGUAGUACUACUUAUGACUGUGUCUCUUUACAGUGAAAGGUAGAACAUAUGGCUCAAAAAACUUAAUUAAAUUGGAAUAAGAAAAAUAGGCAGAGGAUGAGGUGAUGAGAUGGUUAGAUAGCACCACUGAUUCAUUGGACAUGAAUUUGAGCAAACUCUGGGACAUGGUGAAAGACAGGGAAGCCUGGCAUGCUGCAGUCCAUGCACACACAGCUUAGCAACUGAACAACAAGGAAAAAUUUUGUCUUGUUAGUUUAAACACAGAUGGUCCCAUUUUUGUAAUGAGAGGUUAUUGUAUCUCCACUGAUAAAUGGUGUAAAGAAAAGAAAGUUGACCAAAGUUCUCUUCCAUCUCUCAGUAGUUAUAGGAGUUAUAAAAGGAAAUAAAACUGAUUUUUUUAGGCCAUGCUUAAGCUAAAUAUAAAAUAUCUGCUAAAAAAUACAGGGCAUGGAAGAAAAGAAAUUCCCCACUCUUCAGUCUGAUUAUAUUCAUACCUCCUAUUAGUUUAAUAAUAGUCUAUGAAAAAAUGUCUGCUAUUAACUGAAGUGAUUUAAUUAACCUGAAAAAUCUUGUGUUUGAAUUAUGCCUGCAUCUAACUGCUUAAUGAAUAAAGGAAUAAGGCACUGUAUAUUGUAUGGCUUUUUUUAGACAAAUCAGUAGUUGCUUUUAACAUCACCAAGAACAGCAGCUACACACUCUCUGAAACUCUGCAGGACGUUUUAUCUGCAUGUUCUAAUUAUAGCUCUUGGAUGCUCCGUGAAGAGAAGGCUGAGUAAUUCCACAUGUAAUUGCUCUAGGAAUGAUGGAAUCAAGUCAUGAAUCACCACCUUAACUGAA